AAAAAAACUCAGCCACUCUCUUCAAAAACUGUCUGCGCCAUUAUUUCUGAAUGCCUUCAAUUUCAGGGUGCCCAAACUGUUGGAAUGGGUGCAGAAGCUCAGAGUGUUCCAGCAGCUGCCAAACUGUUUAACCAGGCAAAUGACAUACUCGGAUAUGACUUGUUGGAUCUUUGCACCAAUGGACCAAAAGAAAAGCUUGACUCAACGGUGAUCAGUCAGCCAGCUAUAUAUGUUACCAGCCUUGCAGCAGUAGAGGUACUACGUGCACGCGAUGGAGGCGAAGAUGUGAUCAACUCUGUUGAUGUUACAUGUGGUCUCAGCUUGGGAGAAUACACUGCACUUGCAUUUGCUGGUGCCUUUAGCUUUGAGGAUGGACUGAAGCUUGUCAAGCUAAGAGGAGAAGCUAUGCAGGAUGCUUCAGAUGCUGCCAAUAGUGCGAUGGUUAGUGUGAUUGGUCUAGAUUCAGAAAAGGUGCAAGAGCUAUGUGAUGCUGCUAAUGAGGAAGUAGAUGAAAAGGAAAGAGUUCAGAUAGCAAACUUUUGGCUGAUAUCUUUGCUGCUUGAUCAUGUAUUUCUCGUUUUACACUGAAACAAAAUAAAACCGAUCUGA